UCAGUAUCUCAGGUGUUGCAAGGUUUUCCUAGAGACAAAUUUUAGAAACUGUUGGGAGGAUCUCUUCUCUGAUGUGGGAUAGGCUUCUAACACCUGCAUUGCUUUCAGCUGUGUUUGAGGGUGUUGGUUUUUUCAGAUUGAAGACAGACAUCUCUCUUUCUCUACCCCCCCCCCCCCUUUCACGGGCUUUGCUUGUAUCUUUUCAACAGGAAUUUGGCAAAGAGUGGGAGUGGUGUGGAAGUGCCUAGUCAGAAGGAGUGAAUAAAUGCUGACAGCUACUAUAUGUGCGUCCUGUUCAAGGCAAAACAUUCUUUCUCAUCAUCAGCAAGGAAAGGAGCAGGAUUUGGAAGAGGACUAUAGUGUCCCUUUAGCAAAACAUUUCUCUAUAAUGUAUGCAAGUGUGUGGCAAACAGGAGGCAGGCGGCUGGGAUAAGAGGCAGCAACAACUUUGCAGAACGUCCUGUAAAGUUUUGUUUAAAUCGGACUUUGAACUGUGCUUUCCUGCUCCCUCCCUCCCUCGUGAACUAAUAGAAGAGUAAAAGUGAUCUUUGUAUUCCAUGUUUGGAUGUGACAUUAGAGGCACCAACCCAGAAGUGCUGCUGGUUAAGCACUUGCUCUCAGAACGUACCUGGGACGAAAAGCAAAGCCUAAAGCUCCCCUUCCUCCGCCGGAGAAAAGGAUCGCUGACUGUUCUUUUGAUGAUUCGGAAUUAACUAACUACACUAUGGAACAAAAAGAAAACAUAAUUGACAGGGAUAUUGAGCUUUCUGUGGUUCUUCCUGGGGAUGUGAUCAAGUCUACAACUGUUAAUGGCAGCAAGCCAAUGAUGGACUUACUGGUAUAUCUUUGUGCACAAUACCGUUUAAAUCCAUCCAGCCACACUAUAGAUCUGGUGUCAGUAGAUAAGAAACAGAUCAAAUUCAAACCAAAUACACCCAUUGGGAUGCUUGAAGUCGACAAAGUGAUUUUAAAGCCAAAACAAAUGGAUAAGAAAAAACCCACUCCUGUUGUCCCGGAGCAAACGGUGAGAGUAGUGGUAAACUACAAGAAGACACAGAAAACAAUUGUCAGAGUUAGCCCUCAUGUACCACUUCAAGACCUCCUGCCAAUUAUCUGUAGCAAAUGUGACUUCGAUCCUUUGCACACUGUGUUGCUGAAGACCUACCAAUCUUCUGAGACACUUGACUUGACAAAAUCUCUUAAUGUCCAUGGAUUGAGAGAAUUAUAUGCAAUGGAUAUCAGCAGAUCUACACCAACUACUGAAUUCAGCUUCUCAUUACAAGACUGUCAGAACUCACAAAAUUCAGAUGUUUUAAGGGAGAAAGAAAAUAAAGGAUUCUUCAGCUUUUUUCAGCGAAACAAGAAGAAACGAGAACAAACUGCCAGUGCUCCUGCUACUCCGUUAAUGAGUAAACCAAGGCCUACCUUCAUCACGAAACCCAAUACAAUUUCCAAACACUAUGAGUCCAGCACACUACCAUCCGAGAUGCCAAAGAAGCGGCGAGCGCCCUUGCCACCUAUGCCUGCUUCUCAGAGUGUGCCCCAGGAUCUUGCACAAACUCAGGACAGACCUGCAACAUGUGUGGUAAAAUCUAGCAGUGUGGAUGAAACUGACAAGGGACUUUCAGGGAUAGGUAUAGUGAGAACAGGGUCUCUUCAGCUCAGUGGCACAUCAUCGGUGAAUUCUUCUCUGAGGCGGGCAAAACGCAAGGCACCAACACCACCCCCUAGAAAAUUGCAAGCUCAAAGUGACAACAGCAUUGAGACCGGGUCCGAAUCAGCAGAAUCAGUUCACACAGAAGGCAGAGAAAGAUACUCAGAAGUACCAUCUCCAUCAGGCAAUGUAGUUGAUCUAACCAGGACGGCAGUGCCAUCAGGCUUCUCUGAACCAACCAGUCAUGAUCAAAGCAAUAUCCAGCAAGUCCCAGAUGAAGGUAGUCAAUCGGUUAAUCUUGAUACACCAGAUGAAUCUGAAGUAUCUUUCAAAUCUGAAAUUGGCUCUGAAUAUAGCUUGGAGGAGAUUGAUGAGAAAGAAGAAAUUCAUGAAGAAAGUACAGAUACCUCCCUCACUGAACGAGAGGUUUCUACCUCCAUCAGCUCUCCCAAUGUUCAACUGGAUAUUCAAAAAAAUGAGACUAUUCCAAUGGUCUCGGAUUCUGGCACUGGUGCUGAAGCUAAAAGACAAGAUUCAAAGGAGGAAAAAAUAGAAAGUAUGAGAGCAGAUGACAAAGAUGGAUAUAAUCAUAAACCUAAAGAAAAGUCUACAGAUGACAAUGGGAAGCUAUAUGGAUCAUGUCGCUGUGAUGCAACAUCCCUUCCAACAAUGACAGAUGAAAGACAAUACGAUGUAGUAGGAGUGAGAGAAAAUAAAACACUUGAAGUGUUAAACUGUGAAACCUGUCAAGAUGAUACCUCUCUAAAUCAGGAACACAAUAUGCAAGCACUUCUAAGAACGCAUGAGCAAAAAUGGGAUUGCUCCAGUGUGGAGACAGUAAAGACUCAGGAUGUUGCAAUUCAGGCAACCCCAUCUGAUAAUAAUGUAGACCAGAGUGCACUUAGUAAGAGCAUGGAUCCUCAGGGUUACAAGUUGGUCAGUCACAAAGAUUCAACCCAUAUUCAGACAUCAGUUGUGCCGAAUCAGUCCCCAGGGCUCCUGAACAGGACGCAGGAGACUGUUGGAACAUUGACAGAGCAGAGCUACCAGAAGCACCAAGCAGUUCAAUGCAGAGCAAGUUCUAAUGGUGACCAGAGUCAUACAUUAGAAAACGAUGACUCUGUUCCAACACAGAGAGUUGUCAAAAGUCCAGUUAGUUCCCCCACGGUGGGCUAUCCUCUUUACCGUCAAGACUCAAAGCCUAAACCUAAGCCUUCCAAUGAGAUUACAAGAGACUACAUACCCAAGAUUGGAAUGACUACUUAUAAAAUAGUGCCUCCAAAAUCCCUGGAAAUAGUUAAGAACUGGGAAUCAAAUACUAUAGAUAAUCAAGAAGCAUCGAGUUUUCGUGUGUCUCCUAAGAAUGAGAAUUCCCAAGAAUUUGGCACACAAACAGAAAUUCUUGAUACAAUAAGAAGCCCAAAUGAAACAAGAUCUGGUUUUAGAAAUGAAGUUAGGUUGCCAGCAAACGACCCACCUGCUAAGACCUAUGGUAUUGUGGAUAAUGUGACACUUUCUUUCUCGAAUGCCAAAGGCAAGAAAGUAGAAGCAGAACAUUCCAAGCCUAAUCCAGAGCAUCUAAUCGCUCCCUUGGUGCUAAGCGCAGAAAGCAAAAGUUGUUCACCUCCUGCAGUGCGAGAAAAACCAAUUAUCUUAAGUCCUCCAGCAAAGCCAAACAAUUUUUAUUUGCAGAUGCAAAGGAGGAUUUCUAGUCAUUAUGUAACAUCAGCAAUUGCAAGGAGCAGUUCUCCUAGUACCUCUACUCAGAGUGAAGCGAAGACUAUGGAGACAGAGAAAAAGCUGGCAUCCCCAGAUCAAAAUUCUUUUCCAUUUCCUCAGCUAGUUAGUGUUCCUUCCCAGUUAGUGGAAGAAAAGACUGAAAAUGGCCAUGUUGAGGAAAAACCUGAAGUCAGCAGUUCUGCUAUCCUGAUGCAAAAGCCUCUGAAUUCUCCCCCUUCCCAGCCUCCUCCAGUAAAUCUAAAGACUUUGAGGACUUUUGUUUUGCCACAACCGUAUUCAAGUUCCCGGCCUUCACCUUUUGCCCUUGCUGUGUCAUCAGCAGUUAAGAGAUCCCAAUCAUUCAGUAAAACAUACAACACUGCACCCAGGCCAUUAAAAGAGCACCCUGCUCUUGAUCGUCCCUCAUCCAUGUUCAACCCUGAGAUGAAGGACCAUUCUCCUUUACCAAGUCCAACGGAGCCGACACAACAGAAUGUACCAGAGAAGGAAAAUAAUUGUGCAAGCUAUGAGCAAAGCAGGCAAGUCCCCUCUCUGCCUGGCCACCCAACGACUCUUGCCUGUGAGAAAGGCCCCACCGUGACUCUCCCGCGUCCUGACCCAGAACAGAUCCACCAGAGCUUGCUGGCUGCAAUCCGCUCUGGAGAAGCUGUUGCCAAAUUGAGAAGGGUUGCUCCUCCAUCAAAUACUGUCGCCAUCAAUGGAAGAUCCAGCCUCAGUUCGUUGCCUAUAGAAGCAAGAUAUAGUCAUCACUAGAACUUCAUGCCAAACAUUUUGCACUUUAAUCACCACUGCAUAGACCUACUGCAUAAACCUACUUCACAGUUAAUUAUUAAAGACUAUGCAUUUGUGCAGGGUUGUGUUGGAAUAUAUUAUCAAGUGAAGCACAGAAACUUCACAAGAUGCCUGAAAGAUAUUUUAGACUAUAAUUUAUAGCUUUUGUGUCUUUUCUCUUUAAAGCUGAAAAUGCUAUUUCAGAACUCAUAACAAGGCAAAGAAGAUUUUGAUUUUUUUUUCUUAUUCUGCAAUAAGCAGAUAGAUUGGUUUCUAUUUUAUCCUUAAUACAUUUUGUGUAGCAAUGUGUUGUAUAAUGUUGAUGUAUGAGUUUCGUAAUGUGUAUAACUGCUUAAUGAGUAUGUUCAGAAAUGUAUGACUUUAAAUAUAGUUCUGCCACCUGUUGCCUUGAUUGUUACAUUAGUAAUUUAAUGAUGACAGUGAGCAGAGAAUGCUCUUUGAAGUGCAAGGGAGCAAGUUUUCUUUAUCUAAAAUGUAUCUAAAAAUAUAGGAUCAUGUUUGUUAUAGUGUAUGUCUAACCUCAAAGUAAAGAAAUAAUAUAGGUCAUCUCUGGUUGACCCGUUUAACACUAUUUAUGGGUUUAUUUGCACAUACAUCAUUGCUGCAUGGUCUUAAUGAUCACUACAAAGUGCCUUGAUGCUCCUCUGUGCUACAACUCUGGCUAAUUCCCAUCUGCUUUCCAGAAGUGGCAGCUAAGUCUGUAUCACUGGACUGUGUAAAAGAGGGCUUGUUCAAUAUUUAGGCCAGCAAAUGUUUUGGUUUUCAGUUCUCAAAAACACCAAACAGUUCGGCUGGUGGUAAGGGAUUGCAGGAACUGUCGUCAAAAGAAAAAAGGAGGAGCUAAAGCUUCCCCACACCUGCUCUUAGGUGAAUAUUACAGUGCAGAUUCACAUGAGCAGAAAUCCAGAAAAUGGAUGGCGCUCUUUAUUUUCUUACCCAGAUGUCAUGAUCCUAUGCUAAACCCCAAUAACACCCCCUGCUAUCCAGCCCUGCUGUUUGACCACUUGAAGGGCAGGGAAACCCAGUAAACAAUUUAUAGCUCAAGUAUUUGGGAAUCGGUAUUGAGCUGGCAAGAAGCAUUCAAGAGUUAAUAGAGCUCUGGGCUAUAGUGAGGACUGCAGAAGAUUAUUUGGAAGUUAAUAUAAAUUCAUGAGUAAGGAAAGAAGGCUGAGGAUCAGCAUUCUCAAGAGAGAGCAAUAUUGGCACAGAGCAUCUAAAAUUCAUUUGAACUAGGCUAGAAAUAUAUAAAGGAAUCAAAAUAGUUAAAUGCAAAAGUCUAUGCAUACAAGCUUAUUUUUUCUAGUAGUCUUUAAAAUUGAUAUUUUAUUUUAUGUCAGAGAACUUUUUAAAAUAUUUCUCUUAAAUUCAGGAAAUUAAAAACAGGGAAUGAAAAUCCAAACCUGUUUUUAUAAGUAGGUAAAAAGGUGAUGGUGAUGAUGAUUUUUUGCAUGAUAAAAUCUCUUUUAAUGACACUUUAAGCAAUGUCAAAGAAGUAGUUUUAUCAGUGUACAAAACAGGAGUAGAAUUGAAUACUGUAAUUGCUACUGAAUAAGACAUGUCAGAUUGGGGAGCAAUGCACAGACAGCAAAAUCCUCAGAAACAGGUGUGGCAUUUCUUUGUCUGUUCAUCUUUUCCUGUCAGUGCUGUCAAAUUAAUGUUGCAUUUGUAUGACAAAGCUAUUUGUGAUCCUAGCUCUGAUCAAAUGAUUGAAUUGUAGAUAAAAGGCUGCAAAUACUGGGAUAUUUGCAAUGUUCUGAACUAAUUCAUGGUUUUGUUAAAUAAAAGUAAUUGUAUGUAGUUUUA